ACGCCGUGUCUGUCAACGUUACCUAACUUGAGAAGAUGGCGGGUUUGGGGCUGCGCUCUCUGCUGCUGGGAUUAAUGAUGAUGUUGGCGGUGGAAGCCAUAAAGCUGGGCGGCCUCCAACCCGUGCCCGUAGAUGAUCCCGAGGUGGUGAACGCCACCCGGGUGGCGGAGGAGGACUUCAACCGCAGAUCCAACGAUUUGUUUUACAGCGCGGUGUCGGAUGUGAUAUCGGCCCAAACACAGGUGGUGUCGGGGAUCAUGUACCAUCUCACCCUGGAGCUGAGAACCACCGUCUGCAGGAAGAGUUCUGUUUCCCAGAACUGUCCCUUCCACGAGGAUCCUCAAUAUGCCAAGAAAAUGACCUGUAAUUUUAAAGUCUGGGACCAACCGUGGGUCGGGCCCAUGCGGGUAUUCGAACACCGUUGUUCCAGGACGGCCAAGUGACCGGUCUGUAGGACCCCUGCGGUGCAUUCAGCUUGCUGAAGCAAUACUGCUGAUCACUAGGUCAAAUAGAUACCAACACAGCACCUUACCACAGCCCUGGGUGCCUACUUAAUCAAAGCACUACAACGCAUCCAGACAAUUUGUAUUUGUGUUUCACCUCGUGGGCUGACCAGUUAAUACCAUAAUUGAAUAAUUAAGCUGCGAAUGUGCAAACGUUUGUACAUUUUUUAAUCUAGCGCAAUAAACUUUUUGCAUUCUGA